AGUCUCCUUUGUGUUCCCACGGGAGAAGGAAGGAAAAAGGAUAAACAAGCAUUAAGCGCUUGAUCCGUUUCAGGCAAUUUGCAUAUGUCACUUGUAUGAGGUAGGCAUUGCCAUUUUAAUGAUAUAAGAGGUGGAGAGGGUAAGCAGUCUGUAAAAGGUCAAGGUCAUAUAACUAGUAAGUGGUGGUGCUGGGGAUAUGAACUCAGUCUAACUUCAGAAUAUAACUUUACAGCCUACCACAUUUGGUCUCCUAUUACAUUUACUUGUGUUAACUCACUUCUCUAGCAUGCUGUUUUGCAAAUAGAAGCGUUUUAGUUAAAUGUUUGUGACACUGUAUUCCUUGAUUCCUCUACUCUUUCUCCAGGAUUUGUGGCAGGAGUCUCCCUGCCUUAAUAAAGGAAUUGGGUGAAUUGGGGAUGGAGCUGGGCAAGUGGACAGCCUGAAAAGAGUCUGCCUCCUGAUGUUUGGGCUCCCAGGAGAUAAGUAAAGCCUGCCAGCCUAACAUCCAUUGCCAGGGAUCUUGUAGACAUUUCCAACGCAAUAGAAAAGAUAUUGAUCUAUAGUCACUGACUCUUAGAAUGUUAGAGCUGGAACGGAUAAGCUCACUGGUUUUCAAACAUGCAGUUGUGGACCCCCCUUGUUAAAAAUGGGUCUUUUGAGAAGUACGUAUUUUUUAAAAAAAGAAGCGGCUGUAGUAAUACCGCCCCUCUAGUACCCCUACACAUAAACAUCUGAAAAACUAGAACUGAGCCGAUUUGGAAAGUCUAUAGUGUACCCCCGCCCCCCUCAUUUUACAGAUGCGGAGCCUUAAGACCAAGUCUAGUCAUGACCAAGGCUGCACAGCCCGUUAGUUAGGGAGCCAAUACCUAAUGUCUUCUGAGGUUCUAAUUCCAGUGCUUUCUGUGGAAGAGUCACAUGUAUGCAAUAUUUGUUAAGUGGCUGUUUGCAGCAAAGCACUGAAAUAGUUGCAUGAGGACAAAUAUGAACGACUCCAGUUUCACCCACUCAUGAGCUCACAGUUGAGGCUAAUGAAGAACCUAGAGACAAAAAAUAGCUUAUAGCUCCCGAACUACGAUUGCUGAGAAAAGGAUGUCAGGACCGUGGGAAGUUCUUGCGGGGGAGGGUGGGCUGAAUAAUGAGACUACCGGAUUGAGAGAGGCCCGGGCCUCGAGGGGAGAGAAGGGGCUGGAGGAGGCAGAGGGUUGAACCCAGGUAGGAAGUAAGGCCGGCAGGGUCCACACAAGGGUCCGGCGCAGUCUAACUGGAAAGGGGGUCGCUCACGGAGUGGGUGAGGGAGUUAAGUCGCUCUCAAGGGGUAUCUGGCUCGGUUCACUCCCAUUCCUUUCCUGGGUGCAAAGGUCCAUAGGACGCUGGGCGGAAGGGGCGGGACUUGGUGCGGAAGGGGCGGGCUUUGGGCGCGGAAGUUCCUAGGCCAUCCUGUUACGUGGGAGGGAGGCUCUGCGCCCAGCUCGCGCUCAGGAAGCAUGGCACUCUGGCGGGCAUACCAGCGGGCUCUGGCUGCUCACCCGUGGAAAGUACAGGUCCUGACAGCUGGGUCUCUGAUGGGCCUGGGUGACAUUAUCUCACAGCAGCUGGUGGAGAGGCGGGGUCUGCAGAAACACCAGAGAGGCCGGACUCUGACCAUGGUGUUGCUGGGCUGUGGCUUUGUGGGCCCUGUGGUAGGAGGCUGGUACAAGGUUUUGGAUCGGUUCAUCCCUGGCACCACCAAGGUUGAUGCACUGAAGAAGAUGUUGUUGGAUCAGGGGGGCUUUGCCCCGUGUUUUCUGGGCUGCUUUCUCCCACUGGUAGGGACACUCAAUGGACUUUCAGCCCAAGACAAUUGGGCCAAACUACAACGGGAUUAUCCUGAUGCCCUUAUCACCAACUACUAUCUAUGGCCUGCUGUGCAGUUAGCCAACUUCUACCUGGUCCCCCUUCAUUACAGGGAGGAUCCUGCUUCCAUCACCCUUGUCUCCAUCCCACCUGAGCUCUGCGCUUGAUGACAUAUCUGCAGGGACAGGGUCUGGGGUGCUGCUGCCUAGGUUAGACAGAUAGGUAGACCAGAAAGCCAAGUAGGAGCCUGGCCAGAUACGAUAAGAUAGUUGCUGAACUGCACCCAAAAAUAUAGUGGAGCUGAAGAUGCAUGGCUCAAAUGCUUAGAGGUGAGGGGUCUUGGGAACAGGGGAAAAUAUGGAACUCUUCAGAGGGGACAUGGCCAAGGUAUACAUGAAUACCAUAGCUAAAAGGAAUACAGACGGGCUGGGCACGGUCGCUCACAUGUGUAAUUCUAGCACUUUGGGAGACUGAGGCGAGAGGAUUGCUUGAG